UGUGUUCAGUGUGCACACACGCGACGAUUAAAAAGUGAAGUUUCACCAGCCAACGCGGGAUUAAACAUGACGCCGAAGCCUUACAAAUACAUCACAACAUGUUUGUAGUAGUUUAAAUUAAGUCGCUUCUGUGGUUUUUUUGGUUAAUUAGUCUUUUCAGCUCGGUAAAGUUGUCAGGCUCCUGGUAGUUUAUGCUAACUGGAAGUACUCGAAAGUAGUCAUGGCUUUGAUAGCCACGGAGCAGGGCAGCAAAAUGAGCGGUACGUCGGCGAUUUAUGGCCGAGUUGGGCCCAGAAAAGAUGCUGUUCACGGGAAAACCCAACCGAAAGAGGGAGACUAUUCCACGGACGGACUUCCCAAAGCGUUUCUUCACAGCCUGCGGACCUUGUUUGACAUCCUGGACGACGCCGGUCGCGGCUACGUCCACAUAUCGGAGAUCGAGAGCCGCUGGCAGGGCGCCGACACUCGGGAACUACCCGGCGGGGUGUUGAGCUGCCUCCGACGGGUCACCCCUCCGCACGGCUGCCUCACGUUCGAGCGCUUCGUGGCGGGGCUGCGCUAUUCCAUGCUUAACCCGGAGAACCGGUGCCAGUUGAAGGCGCAGGCGGCCGUCCCUCCGCAGCCCCCUCCGCGGUCCGCAUGCACCCGGGCUGAGAACAAGGUCCGCCCGCUGGGGCCGAGCAACGUGACCAACAUCCAGCCGCACCGCGCGUCCUCCCUGAUGAGCCGGGCCAGACCAGAGGAGGGAGGUGGCCACCCGGCGUGCGGACCGGCGCGAUACGGCGCCGGCUAUGAGAGACCCGGUCGCAGUCUGGAGCGGAUCCCGGCCGCUCAGGAGGCCGGCGGGUCUUACCGGGUGGAGCCGGGUCACGUCUCAAAAGCACCCCAGCAGCAGAGCCGGGUCAGGUCCAUCGAAUCGCUGGCGCUGGAGUCACCACAGCUCCAAGGACCAAGUGUCGCCAAAUCCAAUUUGCCCCGAUCACAAAGCGAGUCUGCGACGGGCUUCACUGGAGGCUCCAGGCGUCACAGCCGCAGUCGGGAGGAGCCGAGGCGCCACACCAUCACCAGCGGAGUGGACUACGAAAUGCUGAAGCAAAUGAAGGAGCUGGAGCAGGAGAAGGACUCCUUGCUGGCGGGCCUGGAGGUGGUGGAGCGUGCGAGAGACUGGUACCAGGGCCAGAUCCACAAUGUCACUGAGAGACAGCGGCAGGUCGGGCAGAACUCCCACUGCACGGACUUUUUCACCGAAGCCAACCAGAGUCGUAUCAACAUUCUUAUUCCCAAAUUACAAGAAGUCAACCGCUGCCUCAAUGACCUCAUUUGCUGUUCUGGAAUGUCAUCCUUCCCUUCCAGUGGCGGUCUGACGGCAGUGCUCUCCACAAGCUCGCAGCCUCCGGUUCCAGCUCCACCACAAGCCAUCAUGAGACUGAAGGACCAGAACAGACUCCUCACACAGGAGGUGACAGAGAAGAGCGAGCGCAUCGCCCAGCUGGAGCAGGAGAAAUCUGCGCUGAUUAAGCAGCUGUUCGAGGCGCGUUCCCGCAGCGUCCAGGACACCAGCACCAUGGACUCCACCUUCAUCUGACCUUUAUGCAGUAGGUCGGAUUUGUAAGACUGACGCUGUCGUAACCGUUUACCCGACUGACCUUUUGUGGCGGCGAUGCACCUUUUUCAACACCCCUUGACUGCAACUUGUAACCUCUCCACUCCACAAGCUAAUUGUGCACUACAAGAGGCAGAAACACUCCCAAGUCGCUGGACUCCAACCUCUUUAAUUUUGUUUACAGUAAUCCCUACUCUUCAUAGACGCCCAUAUCUGUAGUUAAAACUAUAACUAUACCACAACCUAUGAUCCCAAAAUACUUUUUCGCACUUAUCUUACACUAUCCUUAAAAAUACAUGGUUUAUAGAUUAUUUGAAUUUGAAAAAUGCACCAGAAGUGGGCGUGUACAUGCACAUGUGGCGAAGACUCACUGUAACUUCCACUAACAACCCGGGCUAAACUUAGCUCCUCCCCGACAUACAAAACCUGUCUCUCAGACGAGAUGUGUCACUUCAACAUACAAGUGGUGCCUUGAGAUACCCAUGACCCGCCUUAUGAGUUUUGCAAGAUACGAGCCGUCAUUUGACUUGUGAGCGCAAACUUGAGAUACGAGCGUUGUAUGGUGGCAGUAAACUCAAUUCAACUCACUUCACAAUAAGCAGCACUUUGGCAAAUAGUGAAUAAUGUGUUGAAAAAGAGGCUUCAAGCUGUUUAAUGCCUCUCCCAAUUGAACUUAGAGGAAAAACACGGUUUGUAUUUAAAACAAGCAAGCUAUGGUGCCUUCAGAAUGCCCCCACUUUCUUAAUGCUGACAUAAAUGGAAAAUACCAUUUACAUUCUAACGGUUAGCAUGGAUAAUUGUGGUUUUACAACCCUUUAAGCAACACAUCUUUGAACAACAAUGAUCGAACGACACAGGAAGACCGAUAAUAUAACAAAACUCACAGGCAUAUAUUCUUUAUCCUCUACAAAAAAUGACUAAUGUAACAGCAAUUUAUUGAGUAGUAGUGGUAAAAGUCUGUUCUUAUUCAUUUGUGUCUGCUUGACUGUAUUAUACAGUGGUGCCUCCCGGUGGCCAAGGCAGGCACACCAGAAGGAACAACAAAAGGAAAUUAAAUGCAGCAUUAAAUCAUUAUGCGAAAACUGUUUAAUGCUUUAUGUUAGAAAUAAUAUUGAGUGAUUUUUGUGAUUUUUCCCCAAAAACAAAAACACAAGAAUUAGUGUUUUUCUGGGGGGAGGCUGGAACGGAUUGAUGGCAUUUCCAUCAAUUUCAUUAAUGAAAAAUGUUGCGUUACAAGUGUAGUCACGGAAUGACUUAAACUCGUAUCUCAAUUUACCACUGUACUUCCUUUGUACCAAUUACCGUACUAAUGUCCUAUUUAGACGGGCUUUGGUGCAAUCUUGUGGCGUUUAGGGUGUUUCAGAAAGUGCACAAAAACCGUGAUUUUGAGUAGGUGAGUUUUUCAGUGACUAGCUCGGGGUAGUUUCCACAAAGAUUACCUGGUAUAGGUGAAUUUGUGAAUAGUGAACUGCAAAUAUGAGAGGGAUCACUGUACUUCCAUAGAAACCAACCACUUUGUGCAAAGAAGGUAUAUCAUCACCUAAACCUUCUGUUUACGUUUUUAUAAAAGUUUGAUCCCUCAAUCUAAAAUACAAAGUUUACCCCCUUUCAGUAGUCUCUCUUAUUAUGCAAAUCCUACACUGACUCUCUGGUUGGAGUGUUUAAAAAAAAAAAAAAAAAAAAAAUCGAAACACGAAGAUUUUUAUAUUCAAGUAGUAUGUUGGAUGUGUUGUUUUUGUGAGAUGAUGGUGGGGUGGGGGGAGGUCAGCCCUCAAGCCAACGUGACGUCGAUCCAGAGGCGGAGAAGAGAAGUUUGAAAGUUUGGAUGUGGAGGAAAGUGGAAGAAGUGUUCACUUGUUUGGGAGAUGUUUAAAAAUACCUUUUGGCUCAUUUUUAAAAAAUGCUAAAUUUCCUGUUUUGUCCUCCACGUGACUGGAUAGGUCGCAAAAUUGAUCCUCUGAAGAUGUUUAGCUAAACAUGUAGCCCUCCAAUACUUUUACACAGGAACUAUUGAGCUAUUUAGUUUAUUUCUGGCAGUAAAACAAUAAUAAUAAGCUGUAAGUGUAUACAGCAAUUGUAUGGUACUUCUGGGAUAUCUCCAUAGAACAUAGUUACUGUAUGUAGUUUUGAAUGUUUAGGUUUUUUUUUUUGCUGCUCAAAGUACAUAAUGUGAGUGAAACUCUUUUCUCCUGCUUUCUAUUACAAGUACUUCAACUAUAAAUGAAAUGUAAAAUAAUAAAUACAAGCAAACAGGGUGACAAGGCGUCCUUUUAUUCUUUUAAUUUAUGACUAAAUCGUGUUCGCAGCAGCUUGAGAAAUAUAAAGUUUUUCUAUUUUUAAACCUUCAAGCUCCAGAAAAUGAGUGUGUUGGUUUUACACCCAUGAAAAAGACUCAGACUUUUAAUUUGACAAAGGCAAUGUGUUUUGAAGUUGUUAAAAUGGGGGGAAAAAAGAAGCCUUACUACAUGUACCAGUAUGACUAUGGAACCCAGCUACUGUACUUCAAGAGGCAUAGACUGUAUAUUGAUAUCUUGACUAUGUUAUAUUAAUAUUGAUGUCAAUUCACACAGGAUUUUUGCUGUGAAAAAUAUCUUUGAAAGGUUGGCAAUAAGGACCGAUUUCGUAUCCGC